GAGAGGGGGGGAAGAUAUAAAAAUGAUCGCCCAAAUAUAAACACAUCAAUAAACAGGGUACGCAGCAUCCUGCGAGGAUCCAUUUGAUCUGCUCGCGUCUGGAUUCUUUCUGUGCCGUAUGUCUGGCUUUAUAUUUUAAAUGGUAAUCAGACCUCGGGAAGAAUCCAGCGUUAACUAAAGCAUUAAGAGCUGCAACCGCACAAUCAAUCCUCCCAGAGUGGCAUUACUCCCUAAGAGAUUCUUCAGCGCAGCAGCGAGCAUUUUAUCUCCAGGAAAUUUAAUCCCAGCCUGGCGUCGUGGCAGUGAUGUUAGGCUGGAAGCAGCCCCCUUCCUCAGUAGUUUAACGCGAGAGGCACCAGGCCCCUUUACGGUUUCCAAUGAUCCGUGAUAAACAAUAACACGUCUUUUAUUUCUUAAGAAACGAGACAAUCAAAUAAAAUGAGCAGAGCCUGAGCAUAAAACACCGGGCGAGCCGUGGCUUUAUUAAUUUCGUGAGACGCAUAGACUGUGCAGGAAGGUGAGCAGGCAUUGCUGCCGGAAAGCCCAACCGCGAAGGAGAGAGGGGUGAUAGUAAAAGCUUCAUCUGGACACCGCUCCAGCCUAGGUAUAAUAAACAUCAGGACCGCCGGGCUAUUUUAUAGCGGUGCGUGCGAUAAGAGAGGAGCUAAACUUGGAGGCAGCCCUAGCAAAGCUCGCUCCUUCCCCGGGAGCGCGGCUCCCGCCCAGGCGCAGGCACUCGCCCAUGUGGGCGAAGCGUGCGCGCCUGUGUGUAUGGAAAUCCAUAUUGCACAUUAAUAUACAUCUAUCUCCCAAAUUCAGAGGUCGACCUGAGAGCAGCUCGGUGCAUACGAAACCAGACUGGGAGGGGUUGCUGGGGAGGCCCGGGCUUCCAUUGGCUGCAGGCGCCUGCCGUGGUGCGGGGGUAUCUCUAAUCAUAUUCAGCAUGUUUUGCACAAGAAAUGUCAGCCAGAAAGGGCUAUCUGCUCCCUUCGCCAAAUUAUUCCACAACAAUGUCAUGCUCCGAGAGCCCGGCUGCAAACUCUUUUUUGGUAGACUCCUUGAUCAGCUCGGGCAGAGGGGAAGCGGCGGGAGCAGGAGGCGGAGGCGGAGGCGGAGGCGGCUACUAUCCCAACAGUGGGAUCUACCUGCCACAAGCGUCCGAUCUGUCCUACGGGCUGCAAAGCUGCGGACUUUUCCCGGUGUUGAGCAAACGCAAUGAAGGUACUUCUCAAAGCAUGGUCCCCAGCUCGCACCCCUACGUAUCAGGGAUGGAAGUGUGGCUAGACCCCCCCCGGUCCUGUCGCAUGGAAGAGCCGGAGAGCCAGCAGGCCACCUCGUGCUCCUUCGCUCCAAGCAUUAAGGAGGAGAGCUCCUACUGCCUCUAUGACUCAGAGAAAUGCCCCAAGGGCUCGGCUGCCACAGACCUCGCUCCCUUCCCCCGGCUGAGCGCCGAGGUCAGCCCGGCCGGCAGCGGCGGCGGGGUCCCCGUCCCGGGCUAUUUCCGCCUCUCCCAGGCUUAUGGCACCUCCAAGAGCUACGGCGCGGGGCCGGCCGGGGCUGCCCCCUUCCCUCCGCAGCCCCACGGCCGCUUCCAGACGCCUCCAUCUUUGCCUCCCGUCCCGGACGCCGGGAGAAAGGAGGACGAGGAGCGUUCCCCCAGCCCCUUGGCGUGUGUGUCCCAGAGGGAGGACGAGACUCAGGCUUCAUCUUCCACCGCAGAGGAGCUCUCUCCGGCUCCGUCAGAGAGCAGCAAAGCCUCUCCCGAGAAAGAGCCCGUAGGCAAUUCAAAAGGAGAAAAUGCAGCAAACUGGCUCACGGCAAAAAGUGGCAGAAAGAAACGGUGCCCCUAUACCAAGCAUCAAACUCUCGAGCUGGAAAAGGAGUUUCUAUUCAAUAUGUACCUGACUCGUGAGCGUCGCCUAGAGAUCAGCCGCACAGUCCACCUCACAGACAGACAAGUUAAAAUCUGGUUUCAAAACCGCAGAAUGAAACUGAAGAAAAUGAACAGAGAGAAUAGGAUUCGGGAGCUCACAGCCAACUUUAAUUUCUCUUGAUGAACCUAUAAACACAUUUUUAUGGUUUAAAGAGCCAGUAUCAUUUUCCUAGGCUGUAGUCAUCCGCACCUGUAUGGAUUAACGAUUUUAGACGUUCUCAAUAUGUCCUUAUCAUCUUAAGAGCUACUGGGGCUGGGUGGGGAGCAGACUAAAGCUACGCUAAUGCACAAAAUGUUGUGUGUGCACCUCCCCGGUUUUUUUUCAGCUUUCCCCGGGCCCGAUUUGUUCCUUUAAGCUUUGAAACACAGAAAUACCUUGUCAGGAGCUGCAAUUAUCGUCCCUCUCAUCUCUCUCUUUGGAAAGUAAACAAGCUCGGUUAAAGGCGCAUUCUUUUAAAUUAUAAGCCGUGUAACUUGGACUGUACAUAGUAGCUGCAGAAAGAAGAAUUUAAGCCUUGCCGUAUUUCUAUAUAUUGGGAGCUUCCCCUCUUCUGUUUUCCUUUUCUCCCCCCUCCCCCCUUUUUCCUUCGAAAAACAGGACUUACAAUAAUGAAACGCAGGCAUCCUUUAAAAGGGCUUCAUGGGAACGAGUGUUAAGAGAGCUUCUUUUUUUUUUUUUUUUUUUUGCUUUACCUUAGAAGUCAAUAUUACAGCUUUAAAAUUGGCCAGGAAAAUGAAAUCUCUUCUCUUUAAAGCUGUAAAAGAGUUCGUGUUGCUCAUGGACUAAAUUAUGACACUUACCUCUGAAUUUCUUUCGCUCUUUCUGGUUGUAGAUAUUUACUUCAUGUAGUUUUGCUUAAAUAUGUGGAAUUAGUGAUUUUUUUUGUCUAUAAAUAACGUUACCAUUGGUAACACAUGACAAGCACACAGAAAUCCCCCCUUCAGAAGAAAGUAGUCACUUUUUCCUCACUAAUUUCACUGAAAAAGUAUAUAUCCUGAACAUCAGAAGGACUUCCUGAGCCAGAGUCUGAGAUUGUGAGGGAGAAUAUGUUCAUCUUCCUUUAUACUGUGAAGUUACAUGCAUUAAAGGGUCAAACAUAUAAGUGAAAAAAGUAAAAAAGAAAAAAAAAAAAAAAGAAGGGGGAAAUAUAAAUACAGAUAUGUAUAAAUGUCUAUUAUUAUUAAAAUGCCGAUACUGUUUUAAGCAAAUGCAUUCUAUCGUUAUUAUAAAUGUUAGUUCUAGCUAUAUCUAGUUCUUACCUUAAAUCUGAAUAAAUUAAUAUUGUAAUGCUGCUGUGCGUGAAAAAGACGAUGUUUAUGUUCUCAUAGAAGAAUAAAAAACCCGUGGAAUUAAUCCUUUUAAUUUUACCUCUUUUUGUGACUGUUUAUCCUCAGGUUCUACUUUAUGUCUUCGAGAACUUUUACAACAGGAAUAGUUGCCUAAACCCCCUGCAAUUACUUUAGGAAUCUAUUUAAAUAUUACCUAGACGGUCGUAAUUUGUCUGGGCCAUAUAGCGAUGGUGCUCUAAGGUUUGUCGGCUUUUGUUCAGUUUUAUGACUUGCUAGUAUAUCUG